GAACCAGGAAACGACGCUGGAUUAUAUAUGGAGGUGGCCAUAACUCUGAGAUAGUUAACCGUCUUCUUGAGAUAUCGCCUGUGACAUUGGCUCCUUACUAAACAGCCAUUUAAUAUUAUCAGUCUACAUGAGAUGAGAAGAGCUCUUCUAAAGUUGUGAUCAUAAAAUAUUUUUCACUGGAAAAAAAACUUUAUUUAGGAUAAACGCUACCUUAGAAAUCUACAGAUGGCAACUCCGCGAGGAUACACAGUAGACCCAGCGGAACCUAAGAGACCAAAGGUGACCUCCUAUCAAGUGAAUGAUGAAGACACAAAAAUUAGUUUCUCUUGUGGAAAUGGAUCACUUUUUCUCAAGCUGUCUUCUGUUCUAAUGUUUCUCAGCUGUAUAUUACAGGUGAUUGCUAUAGGCGCCCCCUACUGGGCAGCUGGCUGGCGACGCUCCAAGAUGUCAUGGCAUGAAGGUGUGUGGAUGACAUGCUACAGAGCUGAACUGGAAAACAAAUGGAUCUGUGGAGCUUAUGACUACCUUAACCCAAGACCUGGAGUGCCAUUUUGGUAUGCCGCAGUACAAGCCAUGUGUCUCUGUUCCAUUGUCAUCUUUAUUCCUGCCCUCCUCAUCAAUUUAUUCUACACGAUGCACCCCAAGGGGAAGAUGUUUCGCGGCUUGAUGUGGUUUAACUUUGGACUGACUUUGGCCACAGCCCUGCUACCCCUGAUCAUGGUCAUCGUGUUUGCCGCGGGUCACCCACGACGAGACAGGUUCCCCAUCCCAUACCUGGACCAGGACUACGAUGAUUCACCAUUUGAGUUUCAUUUUUGUUUCAUUUUUGAGAUCUUUGCUGUGUUUGUGUCAGUGGGAGCUUUUAUCCUGGAGAUUGUUGACCUGCGGAAAAAUAAUUAAUAGACCGUAAACUUUAACAUUUAUUUUUAAAAUAAUAAAUGAUAAAGAUUGAUCCUCAAUGUAUCCUGAAUGUUUGCAUCAUGAAAUUGAAACACUGGUUGUUAUGAUAUUAGCCAAUUUUUUUUCAUGAUGUGCCUUUUGAUUUGAGUGAAAAUUACAUGAGGGUGGAUCUUUUUGUAGAUAUGUUCUGUAUUGUUAACAGCUCUGAAUUGACUGUAAAUAGUUUUGAAAGCAGUAAAAAUGUACUGAAAAAUUAUGCUUUUGUAAAUAAGAUAAGAAUUUUCUAAAUGUAAACACAAGUCAGAAGUUGUUUCCGUAAAAUAAAAUAGUCUAAAAGUUAUGUAAUUCAGGAAGGCUUAUAUCUGUAUAUAAAAACAAUGAAAGGAAAAUAAAGACUGUCUUCACUGUACUUUGUUAUAGCCCAUAGCUGGCAUCUCUUUACCAAGCAUAUUAGUUUGCUAUUUUUAAAAUUCAAUAUGAAUACUUUUCUUAGAUUAAAAAAAAUGUUCACCAUAGAUGUAUAGAAAAAUUAGAAAAGCUAAAAUCCCACAAUUAAUAUCGUAGGCUUCUUCUAAUAUUUUUAGCUGAUUUUAUAGGUGUAUCUAAUGUUUUUGAAUACGGACUAUUAUGAAGUGUAAAUACGAUUUUAACAUUAGUUAACAAACUGCUGAAUUUGAAAUGGUAUAGUUUAUAUUUUUUCAUAACUGAUUUGUUGACUUGAACAUUCCAUCUGGAUCAGUUGUACCAUGUGUACCCUAUGACUGUAUUCAUCAGUGUCUGUCAUUUCUUUUUGGUGUUGUAAUACAUUUCUGGCAGCAGUUUUUCUAUUUUUCUACUGUAGGUAAAUGCUUCUGAGUUACUGGCUAUUUACAUGUAUACCAAUCAAAUUUUUACCCUUUAUUUAAAAAAAAAAUACAAUUUUAUUUAGCAAACUAAAUUUUAAGUGCUUUUUUUUAACUGUUAGAUUUUUGAAAACUUCCAAUCAAAAGACACUGUUGUUUUAAGAUUAAUUUUUUUCCAUGGAAACUUGUAAAGUUAGCUUAGAAUACAAAGUGUAAUUAUAAAAUUACAAUUACAAAAUUAAUAGCUACUGUUACACUAGAUUUUUAUGUGAUUUUUUUUUAAAAAAUGAUUUGUACCAUAUUUAUAUAUAGGCAUAAUGUUUUUAAACAUAAUAUACACAAUAUGUAUUUAUCACAAUUUGUUUUUAACAAUUGUAAACACAAAAACAGAAAGUGCUGUCCCUGUACUAUAAAACUUUUUUCCAUGGUUUGAAGUAUCUGAACUAAAACUCACUUUGGCAAGUCUUGGUCUGCACUGAUAAAUCUUUAAUGUAGGGAGAACGUUGUACAUAGCAUUCCUGAUUCUACCUGAGUUCACAUUCUGUAAUAAUUUUACAUUAUACAACCAAGUUUAUUUUUAAUUACAAUAAAAUUAUUUUACCCAAUUA